GUCUCAAACUAGCAACACCUGGACACCUGAUGGUCACGUGACAUGUUAUCCUCACGUGACGCGACUGAGCGUCUCAAAAAUAUAAAUGUAUUGGAAAACGCUGCAUGGAUAUAAAAACAACGAACGAGUUUUUAUUAGGUUAAGUAAAAACUGCUUGAAGACACCCCCUUUUUCAGCUUUCUAUGCCGUAAAUAAGACUACAAGAAUAGUCAAGGAAGCAUGAGUUCGGAAGUUAACAGUCCAGCUGAUCUCAGAAACUGCUCCAAGACCACAGAAAGUACCAAAGAGGACAUGGAUUCUGAAGAUGUUUGCAUGACUCAGUCUUCCAUCUUAUACCUUCUUCAGGAAGCCACCAAGCUUGUUACACCACCAAAACAGCAUGGUCUGGAUGUGGAAAAACUCCACGAUGGCACCAAAGAGAUGAUCGUUUCACACAACUCAACUAGCUUGAAGCAAAAAGGUCAGGAAGUUAGAACUGUCAAAACACAGCCUAGCUUUACAGGAGCCUUCUCUAUGUUGAGCAGUAGUCCAUGGGAGGUGAUGAGUCUCAUAAACCUCCAGUGCGAGAGGCUGCUGCACUCUGGUGGAACACAUGGAGAGGAAGAAGAAUCGCAAACCCAAAAAACUAAAACAGAUACUAAAUCUGAAGACAGAGAUGUCACACGAGAAUGGUCCUCAUUUCCUUCAACUGGUUCCGCUUCUAUUGUGUCCAUGAGAACUGAUACAAUGGAACAUGCCAUGGAGUCUGAUGUUUGCUGCUCUGUUCCACAUAUCAUUGAUCCAACUGAUCACCUGGCAAUUCAGAGCACCAGUGAGAACAGUGAAAGUGCAGCAAUCAAAGCUGUAGAGGAUCUUGCAGAGCUCAUUUCCAAGACCACAGAGGACAGUUUACUUUCCAGCAGGGUAAUGAGCGAAGAAAGGACUGACCACUGUUUCCUGGUUGAAACGUCAGUGCUUCCACUUGACUUGACAAAAAAAGUGGAAAUUUGUGAACACAGCAUAGAGAACGGUGAGGGUGUGAAUGAAAUGGCGAGUGUUUCGUCCAUAUCUGAGGCUCCACAAAGUCCUGAAAUAAGCUCUGUUGACUUUACAUCAUCUCUGGUUGCUGAAAAAUAUGAAGACUCAUGCUUUUCUUUCAAUGAAGGUGAAAAAGCAGAGUGUGAAAGUGCACUGGUGUCAGAAACACCACCAUCAAGAGCAGAUGUAAACAAUAACCUGGAGGAUGAGACACUCCAAGAGGCCGAAAAGACCUCCACACAGCCCGGAUGGGGUAACCGAAGGAGGACGCCUAGGAAGCAGGCUCACCCAGCACGCAGCGCUGAUCUACAGGACCCAGGGCUUCAGGGAGUAACUUUCAGCAUGCACACACAGCUGGAUCACAGCACAGACCAGUGCCGCCUCCUCAUCACCUCCAACUACAGUAAGCUGUGCAGGCGUGGCAGGAGAAGCAGAAGCUGUAGGUCCAGAUCACUGCAGAAUUCCCAGCGAACCAGCAGCUCGGAAGAGGAGAGUGACUCGGCCAGCCUGUGCAAGAAGAUAUGUGCAUCAUGCUGCACAAGGAAGACUCCUUUAUGGCGAGAUGCGGAAGAUGGUACGCCACUCUGCAAUGCCUGUGGGAUCAGGUAUAAGAAGUACCGUGUGCGCUGUCUGCAGUGUUGGAACAUUCCCCGGAAGGAGGCCAGCUCCAACUCCAAGUGUUUGAAGUGUGGAGAUCUCCUCCAGCUCGCCUCACAAAGCAAACGGGCUGGAUGGUAGGACGGACCCGAGUUCUAGAAUUCCGUUUCCGUGUGUUCUAGAACGUUCUACUCAUAGGUGGCCAGUUUUCACUUGGGAAUUCUAGAACUCCUUCGGUUGUUCUAGAAUAUUCUGAUAACACAAGUAUGCACUAGCGUGUAAAAGAGCAUUUCUCAGCUGUAACCAGUCCCACAUCAGCUUUACAACUAUAUGGAAAGUAAUCUAUAAUGUUCCUGUAGUGUCUGUGUGUUUGUAAAAGAUCUAGCUGGAAUAGUUCUUAAUAUUAUAAAGACUUCCAUAUAUUUUUGUCACUUUUUUGUUACAAUUUAAACUUAUUUUUGAGUAUGUGAGCAAUAGAACAUUCACAGUCUUACGCUUACGUUGUUUUUGUCUCCCGACAAAAUUUACUAAGCACCUUGUAAUUUAUUAUCCUUUAAGUCUACAGGCAAACUUUCUGAGAAUGUGAUGCCUGUAGAAUGAUUCAAUUUUGCACUUUGUCUUGGGGGUUUGCUGUGUAAUGGUGUGUAGCCUAUUUAGACCCUAAUUGCAUGCAUAUUACUAUUGUCUUCACAAACUCCUGUUUAUUUGUUUGUUGUUUUGUGCUAUCUUUUGCUGCCUGUGAUACAAUUUUACAUGAGAAGUUAUUCUGUAAACUUGGUUGAAUUUGGUUCAAAAUUAAAUUGUGUGAUGUAGA